AUGGUUCAAACAAUCGAGGUGCUAAACGACGUUUCAAAGGUGGCAGAUGGAAGUCUAUGGGCAGGUGUAUUUGUUGUUGAAAUCCGGGAGGAUGUGCUUGCGGACGAGUUUACUUUCGAGGCAUUAAUGAGAGCUUUACCAUUGGCCUCACAAGCCAGAAUCCUCAAUAAAAAAUCGUUUCACGAUAGAUGUGCGAGUCUAUGUAGCCAGCUGCUACAGUUGUUUGGUUGUUCUAUAGUAGCAGGCUUGAAUUUUCGAGAGCUGAAAUUUGACAAGGGCAGCUUUGGUAAGCCAUUCUUAGACAAUGAUCGUUCUAUCCCAUUUAGCAUGACUACCGGCGAACAGUGUGUAGCUAUGUCCCUGGUUAAAUGUGUGAGUGCAGACGAAUACCAAGAUAUAGGAAUUGAUAUCGCUUCUCCGCGCAAUUAUGGUGGAAAGGAAGAGCUGGAGCUAUUUAAGGAAGUUUUCAGUGAAAGAGAAUUCAAAGCCCUAGUGAAGGCGUCUGACCCAUGUAUAGCAUUCACUUAUUUAUGGUCCUUGAAGGAGUCGUAUACAAAAUAUACAGGAACUGGUCUUAACACGGACUUGUCACUGAUAGAUUUUGGCGCUAUCAGUGUCUUUCCGGCUGAGGGAGCUUCUAUGUGCAUAACUCUGAAUGAAGUCCCAUUGGUUUUCUAUUCUCGAUGGUUUAAUAAAGAAAUCGUCACCAUCUGUAUGCCAAGAUCCAUCAGUGAUAAUGUCAACACGAGUAAACCAAAAUUAUAUAAUAUCGCCUUUUCUACGUUAAUCGAUUAUUUCAUCGAGAACGAUGGUUUAUAA